ACUUGCUCCACUACUGCGUAAGUUAAAAUUAGAAAGAAACCCUCACUUUAAUUCUCCUUGGCUGCGUCUUGAUUUUCUUGUUCUCUUCAAAUUCUUGAGGGCGUUGAACUGUUUUGCAUAGCAUAUGACUCGGUGAAUGGGAAAUGAUUUGAGAAAGAAUCUUUCUGCAGAAUGAGAAAACGACCUUCAUGUGGGAGUGAGAAGAAAUUCUUUGUCACAGAAAAGGCAACUGACCUUAUUGCAUGUACCUCUCGAGUGCCAAAUCAUUUGGCAAAACAUAAGACUAACCAGAUUGACGGAAACGGAAGUGCUUGUCCUAAAACAAAGCAAAGUAGAAUAGAAGUGAAAGCUAUGGACCAAUGCCCUGACUUGAUCUCACAAUUACCUGAACACAUUAUCCAUCACAUCUUAUCUUUCCUGCAUUGUAAAAAAGAUGCCGCUCGAACCAGUAUUUUGUCUAAGAGGUGGAGAGACGUAUGGUUUUCCUACUUCAUCUUGGACUUUGACGAGCGCAAGUUUCAAAAUCAAGAUUGGAAACUCCAUUUUUACUCUAACAGGCUAUAUCGAAAGAUCAAAAAGAAGAAUGAUAUGGAAGUCAAGAGGAAGUCUGAGGUAUUUAGGAAUUUUGUUGACAAAACCCUGCAGAGCCACAAUGAGAAAAAAUCUGUCAUUAGAAAAUUUAUGCUUCAUUUAACCUCUUAUGAUUUGGAAUUAGCUGAUCAUGUGGACCGGUGGAUAGAUUAUGCAAUUAAAAGCAACAUCCAGGAGUUAGAUAUCUAUGUCCCAAGCAAGAAAACCAGAUGUUAUCAUUUCCCUCAAUCUGUCUUUGCUGCUACUACAAUAACUGCAUUAAGGAUUUCCGGCUGCAAGUUGGGAACUUGUAAUGAUAUUAAGAUGUUCAGUUUGAGAAAAUUAUGGAUUGGAAAAAUCCACAUUGAUGAAGAGAGAAUUGAGAAUUUCAUAGUUAAUUGCCCUUUACUUGAAGAUUUGAGGCUCAUACAUUGCAGUGGAUUGAAAACUUUAUUGCUUUCAAAUAAUAAAAUUCAUAGAAUCGAUAUACAUCUUUGCCAUGCACUGAAGAAAGUUGAAGUUCUAUCACCAAGUCUUCAAAAAUUUUGGUAUCAUGGAAAGAGAUCAACGCACUGCAAAAUCGAUUUAGCUGUGUGCAAAUCUCUAAAGAGCUUGACUUUAGAAGAUUACUACAUGAAAGAUGACUCGUUUCAAAAUCAGCUUUCUAGUUUUCCUAUCCUUGAGCAACUGAGCUUAAGUAAAUGUUGUGCCUUACAGAACAUUACUAUUUCAAGUCAUCUGCUAAAGGUGCUAGCCUUGAGAGACUGCGGACAGCUGAAGGAGGCUGACAUAAAUACUCCCAAUCUUCUCUCUUUCGAGUAUAGGGGUCAGAAAAUACCUUUUUCUUCUUUGAACCCUUCCCCUUUGAGGGAGGCAAAGCUUUAUUUUGAACAGCCCAUGUUGAACUACAAUGACGACUUUGAGUUUCCUUUUCAUGAGUUGCAAAAUUUCCUUCGGAAGUUUGACAAUUCCAAGGGUUUGAAGUUGGUAGUCCGCUCUAAAAAGAAUGCCAUUAUUCAUGAAGACCUGAGAGAAAUAUUGGUUCCUCGAAACUUUGGUCUUAAGCUUGAAGUUGUCAAAUUAUCAACUAGCUUGGAAGAUAUACUAGAUAAUUUAUUGCAGACAUGGCAUCCAGAGACACUGUCAAUAGUAUCAUCUGGCACGAGUAAUUUCCCUGAGCAAGUACACAAGAAAAUAGUGGAUAGAGGAGAGGAGCCAGACUGCUGCAAGUAUAAAGUUUCAAGCAACAAAUGUUGGCGGCAUUUUUUGAUGAAUGUCAAAGCUGAGAACCUUGGCGACACUGAAUAUAAGUCUGAUUGGGUUGAUUGGUUGAAGUCAUCUACAGAUAUCGUGAACCAAUUGAGUUUUUUCAGAUUAGAUUGGAAACAAUGAUAGACUUGGUGGAUUGGUCCGGUUGCCUGAGAAUUUGAAACUAAAUGUAAAUCUGAUGACAGUUUGAAGAUACUAUAGGAACUUUUUUAUUUUCUGGUUAGACCUUUUAUUUGUUUUUGAGUUUAUGAUUUUGAAAACGUGUAUACAAAUUGUUUGAGCAUCAAUCUCAAUCUGCUUUCAGAAACA